AAUUAAAAUCAGAACGUCAAUCCUUGAAAUGUUUUUGUCUAUGUGUUUGCUUUCAAAUUAAAUCAAAAUUAUGUGUUAGUAUAAAGAAUGAACAGAAUUGAACAGAUUUUCCCGGCCAAAAGGUGCUGUUAUUGCCUUAAUCUUCGAACUGGUUGCAUCUUUAUAGCGCUAUAUGGAAUACUAUGCUCUGGCCUAAAUAUCGAUUUCAUAAUAUCAAUAAUAAAUGAUUCUCCUGUUGCCGAAACCAAGUAUGUUUUCGCAGGUGAGCUUACGGGAGCUUGUCAACUUGCCGCUGAGUUUCUAUUGCUGUUGUCCUCAAUUAUAUUAUUAAUAUCUACUAUAGUUAAAUUUUCAUUCUUCGUCAUUGUCUACUUAAUCAUAAUUGUGACGCAAAUUCUAUAUUUAUUAGUUUAUAGCAUAGUUUCCUGCGCCAUGAAAAUCAACAUUAUGGCAAAUUAUAGCAAAAAUGUCUGCAUUGCAUAUUGGCUAUGGGUAAUUUUUUAUUGUUUGACUUCAGUUUAUUUCAUUUAUAUUGCCAUCUCUUAUUAUAAAUCAAAGCGAACAGAGGAUAAUAAUAAUUCUACGCCAUAAAACUGAAGUAAUGGAAAUUAAAUUUGCUGUCGAUUUGUAUAGUGUAAAGUUUUCAAUUACGUUAAAAAUAAGAGAAACUAUAAAUGUAAAUAGUUUAAUUAUUUGUAUGCUGUUGGCAUUUAAAUAAAAAAACCCAACGGAA